AUGGCUAGUUCGUCCACUGGUAGCGGUGGUAACUACUGUAACGCCUUGAGUGUCACGCUUACUCUUACGGGCCAAGAAGCCAUAUGGUCUGAGCGAAAGUAUUGCUGCGAGGAGGAUGAAAACGCCAAAUGGAGUGACUGCCAGUGGUAUGAUUACGGCGGCCGCUCCGAAAAUGUCCUUAUGGUGGCGGUCGGAUUUUGUGAUAAUGCUUGUCCUUUAGAUCGAGUGCGUAUAGCAUUGGAUCAACAUGGUGGCCAUUGCAUGGGUGACGGAGGCCGAGCCAAAUGUUGUAUUACUAAGUACACCACAGUGAGCAAGAGAUCCUACAAUGAUGCAGAGACCCGAACAGAAGAGGGUGUGAAGGAGUUCAUGGAAAAUCCUAGCUGUGGGCUUGAUGACUAUUCAUUCAAACGGGAUCUAGUUGGUAUUAACUAUUUCUCGAACAACCUCUCAUUGCCAAGUUAUCCCCAUUCUCUGCCUACCCUUGAGCGGCGCACAAACAGCAGACCUAUGGGGAUCAUGGAAGACCUUGCUUAUGAACUCUACAUUUUACCCAAGGCAGCUGCGGCCGCUCGGGAGAUCUGGAACACGCAUGUGGUCUCUGUAUAUCCUAACCUCAACGUGGAAACAGUCCGCGCCUACAUGAGCACGGAUCUUGAAUGGAUGUCUCGAGGAUCAUGGAAUUUUGUGGAUCAACUCAUUUGCAACAUGGCCUUUUUCAACAACAUGUUAGGGGGGUCUCAUGUGGUCAGCUGCAAGUGCACGACAGCCGAUUGCUGUGAUCCAAGUGAUCCCGAAACUUGCUCAGAGGACGAUGAUGUCGUUGAUGCUAAGAGAUCGCUCGACAAAAGAGCUCGCGAGAACGUCCUUGAGCUUGAUGAUGGUAAUGGGAAUGUUGUCGUUGUUUCUUGGGUUUAUCAGAAACGCGGUGAUAUCCAGGCCAAAGAUCCCAUUCUGAACGCAGGAUAUGAGUACUUAGACCAAGACAACUGCCUGGUUAUCGAUAUUGGCACUGUUCAGAUUCCCAUCUCCAGACUCACGAGGUAUCAGAUUAGAUUCCUGCGGGAUGCCCACGCGGGUAGACUUCCUUCCGGAGCAACAGCGAGAAACAGCCGGCUCUCAGCAACAUUCAUCAGGCAGGCACUGAAUGCACCAAUCCUUACAAAUCCCCCCGUCAUGAUAGGCGGCGACCAGUCCGCGGUGCCCAUUUCGCGCGCCAUGCAGGCAUUGGGAAGUACUCAAAACAGAGCAGACUUCACCCUUCUGCUUAGCCGUUUGAAUAACGUCAAAUCCAGGGUCUGGCGCGCUGGGACAGUCACAUCCGAUAAAAUAAUGAAGGCUGCUAUUAAGGCCGACGACCCCACGCAAGCACUUAUAUGGCUUCGGGAACCUCUCACCAUCAUCGCGUACCUGAAUCAUCCUCUGGUCAAUUCCCACAUGGUAAGAACGGCAAACAUAGUUCGGGCAGAAUGGGGCCGGGCAGGGGAAGCCUGGGAGAAUGCCGGGGAUGUUGUCGAAUAUGUCCAGGACUGGUGGGAUGAAUGGAUCCGAGACAGCCUUAAACACAGUGCUGCGGAGGUCCGCGCGUGGGUAGAGAAGUGGGCGAAAGAGAUGAUUCAAUUCUGGGCGGUUCGGACGGGCGAUCAAGCUGAGGAAGUGAACAAUAUCUUGGCGAGUCUGAGGAGGCUCGCCUGCGAAGGUGUAUCCCGGCCAGGGGUCGGAAACUAA